UGUGAUCCAUCGCUCCGGUUCUCCGCUGCCUUACAUGCGUCCUCACCGACUCCGCGUCGCGCUGGCUGCGCCACGAUGAGCGUGGUCGUCCGGGUGCCGUCUGCACAUCUCACCGUCUGACCCGGAGCCGGGGACGGAGAGAGAGGGAGAGAGAGAGAGAGUGAGAGAGCGAGAGAGAGAGAGAGAGAGAGAGAGAGAGAGAGAGAACCAACCCAUCUUUCCUCUGUCACAACCCAUCUUCCCUUCGCUUGGAUCAGACUGCAGCGCAAACCGUUUCUUUCCGCAUCUUAACCCCCCUCCUCUAUCUGCAUCCCUCCGUUCGCGGUCUUCCGGUUAAAAAAGAGACCGGAGAGCCCGUCGUGAUUUCGUGGAAAUACAUUUUUACAUUUUUUUCCCAGCGGGGUGUUGGUACCGCGCAGUCGGUGCGCGCCUCUGCAAAUUCCGGUGAACGGUGGAUUUGGCAAACAUGGAGACCGUGGAGAAGGAAUGCGGGGCCCUCGGGGGUCUAUUCCAGGCGAUUGUCAACGACAUGAAGUGCUCUUAUCCUGUGUGGGAGGACUUCAGCGCCAAGGCCACCAAGCUUCACUCGCAGCUCAGAACCACGGUCCUGGCUGCUGUGGCCUUCCUGGAUGCCUUUCAGAAGGUGGCCGACAUGGCGACCAACACCAGAGGGGCGACCAGAGAUAUCGGCUCGGCUCUGACCAGGAUGUGUAUGAGGCAUCGCAGCAUCGAGGCCAAACUGCGCCAGUUCACCAAUGCUCUGAUGGAGAGUCUGAUCACUCCUCUGCAGGACAGGAUUGAGGACUGGAAGAAAACCGCCAACCAGCUGGACAAGGACCAUGCCAAAGAGUACAAGAGGUCACGCCACGAGAUCAAGAAGAAAUCAUCUGACACCAUGAAGCUGCAGAAGAAGGCUCGCAAAGAGAUUCAGGGGCGAGGGGACCUGCAGCCCCAGCUGGACAGCGCCAUGCAGGAUGUGACGGACAUGUGCCUGCUGAUGGAGGAGAUGGAGAAGCAGGCGGUGCGCCGGGCGCUGGUGGAGGAGAGAGGCCGCUUCUGCACCUUCAUCGGCUUCCUGCAGCCCGUCGUGAACGGAGAGAUCGCCAUGCUGGGAGAGAUCACACACCUCCAGGCUAUCAUCGAUGACCUCACUGUGCUGACCACCGACCCACACAAACUGCCCCCCGCCAGCGAACAGGUCAUUAAGGAUCUGAAGGGUUCAGAUUACAGUUGGUCCUAUCAGACUCCUCCUUCAUCCCCAAGCAGCUCUGGCUCGCGCAAGAGCAGCAUGUGCAGCAGUGUGAACAGCGCCCACAGUAGCGCCUCCCGCUCCUCAGGGGGAGGUGGUAUUGGCUCGGGUGGUGGUGGCGGCGGUAGUGGUGGUGGUGGUGGAGGCUCCCAGCCCCACUCACCGACCACCUCCUCCUCCUCCUCCUCCUCCUCCUAUCGCUACCGCAGCAGCAUGGCCCACCAGCCUCCGCCACCAGGGGGCGUGGCAGCGCACCGCCUCAGCAGCGUCUCCUCCCACGACUCGGGCUUCGUCUCCCAGGACGCCAACGUCUACUCCAAGCCGCCCUCGCCCAUGCCCUCUGACAUCACCAGCCAGAAAUCAUCCAGUUCAGCAUCUUCAGAGGCUUCAGAGACGUGCCAGUCAGUCAGCGAGUGCAGCUCACCCACCACUUUUGGCUCGUCCUUCGCUACCUUCCGCCCUGCUCUCUCUCACUCUGGCUCCACCAGGCCUCUCUCUGUCAUUCUGCCUGCUCCUGCGUCCCCACCCUAUAACCGCCCCCCCGGAUCCAGCUCCUCCUCUCCCACAUCAAAGGUUCCUAUCUGGAAGGAUUGGUCCAAGGCAGGUCAGUAUGAGCAGCCAGUGGCCGGAGCGGCGGUGCAGAGGAGGAAGGAGCCCCUGGACAGGCUGAGGGAGAGCGAGGCCUCGCCAGGCUCCCAGGGUUACGCCGGAGCAGCGCACCCAGACGACGGGCAGAGACACAGGAUGACCCCGGCAACCAUCGCUGCCAAGCACGGUGAGGAGGUUUCCCCAGCAGCCAGCGACCUGGCCAUGGUCCUGACCAGAGGACUGAGCAUGGAGCAGCAGAAAAGCAGCAGGGACUCGCUGCAGUACUCCAGCGGCUACAGCACCCAGACCACCACCCCGUCCUGCUCCGAGGACACCAUCCCCUCGCAAGGUUCAGACUAUGAUUGCUACUCGGUGAACGGCGAUGCAGAAGGCCCGGAUGGACAGACAGAAUUUGACAAGUCCUCCACCAUUCCCCGCCACUCGAACAUCGCACAGAACUACCGGCGAAUGAUCCAGACCAAGAGGCCGGCCAGCACAGCCGGGCUGCCCAGCGGGGUGCUGGGUCCUGGGGCUCACGCUGGAGCGGGACAGCCUGGCGGAGGUGGAGGAGGACCGGGGACGCCGGGCACUGCCACCAUCCGCCGAACCCCAUCCACCAAGCCAGGCGUGAGGCGUACACUGUCCAAUGCGGGGCCCAUCCCCAUCCGCCCACCCAUCGUGCCUGUCAAGACGCCCACUGUGCCCGGGGACUCGCACUCACCUGGGGCGGGUGGCGGCGGGCACGCGGGUGCUGGUUACCCAGGAGGUGUGCCUGUUCGCGUUGGGAGUGAGGAGUGCGUGUUCUUUGCAGGAGUGGAAGACUCGCAGGGAGCGCUCGAUUAUGUGAAGGCGUCACCCAAGCGCCUCAGCCUUCCCAACACUGCCUGGGGGUCAGGGGCGGGGCUGGAGGUCUACACCCAGCAGCACGGUGUCCAUGGAGGCCACGGUGGUGGCGGAUCAGAGGAGGAUCAGAUGAUCGCAGCCAAUCGACACAGCCUGGUGGAGAAAAUCGGCGAGCUGGUAGCGAGUGCACACGCCCUCGGCGAGGGGCAGUUCCCGUUCCCUGCCCUCCCCGACGACCCCACCCCACCGCCGACCGGCCCCGCCGACGGUCAGACAGGGGCGGAGGGAGCGGAAGGGUCCGGUGACAUGCUGACAACCAUCAGGAGAGGAGUCCGCCUCCGCAAGACCGUCUCGAACGACCGCUCAGCACCGCGCAUCUUGUGAUUGGAGGAUAAGCUGGAAAAAGCAAGUCCAUGUCAGCCAAUAGGGAGUGAGGUGUGGGUGUGAUGCAACCCGACCGCCUAGUACAUACACACAGACUUACCAUGUAGAGAAAUCUAUAAUACAACAGAAGAUGAAUGAAAACAAAAACAAAAAAUACGUUUAAAGACGCCAUUAGAGUAAAUGAUAUAUAAUAUAAUGAUAAUAAUAACAUUAAUAACGGUAACCCAUGCUGAUAAUUAAAGUUAAAUACUGAAUAUUGACAGGCUCCUAGCUGGCCACUAUAACUCUAGCGUGUGUUGGACGCAUGUUUGUCUUCUUUACACCCUCAGCCAGGGACGGAAAAGACUCGCAGGAAAGGAAAGACGGGAAACAAGAGACAAAGGAAGAGAGAAAGUCUGCUUCUGUUUGCCAAUUUGACCCCUUCCCCUCCUUCCUCUCCGACUAACACGAUGAAGGGCAGAUGACUGAGGGAGGGGCGGACCAGGGCGGGGACGACACAUGACGCGUGAGCAGCUGGAUUUGAACCCGAGCUGUCACAGCAGCGACACACUGUACUCACUCUGCCCACCGAACUGAAGCUUUGGUAUCAGCACGGGGAGCUAACAGGCCCGGGAGCCUCCCAGGUUCACUACGAAGUAAAAGUCUUGAAAAAACAAGAUGUUGGCAUUGAGCCGUGCUGGUACCCCCUUCCCCUCUCUCUCUGUCUGUCCUGUUGGUGUGUGUGUGUGUGUGUGCAUUCACGUGCAUGCAUGUGAGCUGAUGUGAAAUGUGAAUGUGUGCACAUGUGAGCGAUUGAUUGACUCUGUGUGUGCGUGUGUGCGCGCGUGUGUGUGUGCGUGUUUGUGCGCACGCGAGGGGGCGGGCGGAGCUCUGCUGCAGGACAGCUGGUGACCCGACGAGGGCAGGGCUUUUUCUCCUGUGUGUUGUACGUUGUAUUUUCCUGUUUUUAUCGUGACGUCACAUUACCUUGUUACCACUGUACGAGAAGUUACGAGAAGUAAUCCAGGCGUAUAGAUAUAUUCAUAUAUAUUUUCUAGAACCAGAGAGAAAAUGUUAAUAAGAAAUGGAGCAAUAAAUGUGUUUUAUUUUCUUGUUUCGAAGAAGAGGAUAGAUGGAGGAUUGUAGGUUCUCCUUUGUCACAUUCAGGCAAUCAUCAGGAAUGCUAAAGUACAACAUGGACUGUGAAUUCAUGUUGGGUUAAUGUGGCUUCUCUCUCUCUCUCUCUCUCUCUCUCUCACUCUCUCUUGCCGUCUCUCUGUGGUGGAUUACAAAAAAAAAAGGUAAAAGGGGAAAAGUGAAA